CGAAUCAUGCGUGGGUGUGGUUAGCGCAAGACUGAGGCACGUGAAUCGAUGGACGUACUGGGCGACUUGCUUGAGCUCCAUCGCAACCUACCUACAACACAACAUUGAGCAAUCAACACCGCAACCUACGAAUAUCUCCAAAGCCGUAGCUAAAUUGCCGAGAGCGAUAUAAGCCAAACAUACCAGCCACCUUAAGAAACAGCUCAACCGGCACCGCAAACCUCCUCAAAGCGCACUACUAUCGCAGCCUCACGAACUCACCCCCAACCUCCAACUCACCACCACCACCACCCAAUCCACCUCCAAACAUCCACCCACCAUGUCCGCCCCCAACCGCCCCAAACAGCGCGCGCGCCGCCACAACCCCCCAACCCCCACCAAGCAUCCGACAACGACUCCGACAUGCCCCCCCACCUCCCCCCCCCCACCCGCACCAACACCGACCUCAACCUCUCCGUCCUGCGUCGCUACUUCCCCAGCACGCGCACCAUCCUCUCCAUCGCCGCCAACGCGGUCGUCUACGCCUUCUCGGCCUCAACGGGGCAGUGGGAGAAGAGCGGGAUCGAGGGCGCGCUGUUCGUGUGUGAGACGGAGGAUGGGUUUGUGGUGACGGUGUUGAAUAGACAUGGGCUGGAGAAUUUGGUGUUGGAUGUGAGGGAGGUGAGGGAUAUGGAGGUUACGAGUGAGUUUUUGAUUCUGAGGGUGCCGGGGGAGGGGGAGGGGGAGAGAGUUAUGGGGUUGUGGAUUCAUGGGGAUAGGGAUGAUACGAGGGAGAAGAAUGCGGGGACGAUUUUGCAGUGUUGGGAGAAGGUUAGGGGGGUGGUUGUGAAGUGA